AUGCAAGGACUCUGUAGUUUGAAAGGACCGUUGGUGUCUCCGUUGGAUAGCACGAGCACAAGGGUUUUCAAAAAGAAAGGAGAGGAGAGCUCUGAUUCAAGUUCGGAUGAAAGGGAAAGUGACAGAGCUGACGAGCUCUGCUCUGACCUCAACCGUACAGAGCUGAAUUCAGCACAAGAAGAGUACAGUGCUGACGAGUUCGGCACUGCCGACAAGGAAAAACAGCCAGCCCAGCACACCAAAGAAGAGAUGGCGCAGAACAUGGAGUACAUGGGGGACUUCACCCGGCCCGUCAUCGGAGACACCAACACAUCGAUCGGCGACGGUGAGAGCCUCCGCCGUCUGAGCCCUAGCCCCAAUCACGGCUCCCACAGAAUCCUCCGUCGCCAGCCACGCCGCCUCUCCCUUCUGACUCCUACCGACGACACUAGCGCCGCCGUCCUCACUCUCCUCUCCCCCAGAUCUGACAAAAUCUCUCUCUCUCUUUCCAACAAACUUCGGCGGACGACGGCAGCCCUCCUCCGUCCGCCGCCACCGCUCGUUCUCCCUUUCAAAUCUUCAACCGACAGCAGCAGAGUCGCGGCCGCCGCCUACCAUUUUCUUCUCUGCUUUACGGUUAAUCAAGCAACGCUUUGUGUUUCACGUGUUUUACGUAUUCUCAAGGUCAGCGAACAGAUUGGUUACACGACUUGCAUCCAAUAUUGUUUAGAGUACUUGGAAGCCGUCCCUUGGGUGGGACAAGAGGAGGAAGAGAAAGUGGUUUCUUUAGUCUCCCACCUUGAAGGUGAGGGCAUUGGGGUGAAGCCAGUACUGAAACGAGUGUCUCCCGAAAUCCCAACACCACCUAACGCCACCCUUUCUCACAUAUUGGAGUUGGUGCUAAAAAGCAGAGAAGAAAAGGGAAGGCGAGAAGAGUUGGAGUUUCUAAUUCCUUUCAUUUCGUUCCCCUUUUUGUUUAAAAACUAA